AUGUUUGGCUGGGGCCCUGGGCUGGGCCUGGCCUCGGUUAGCAAAGAACCAGAAGAGGAACGCGAUGCUCCUGCUCGACCAACCCCGCUAGACUUCCCCAUCUAUCAGCUUCCGGAUGUGGUCCCCCACCCCGCCAAUUCGACCCUGCAUGACCUACCCGACCUUCUGGCCUCCAUCAAACGACCCCAAGAUAUCACCCUUGAACGAUUCGCCGCGCUGAAUCUCAAAGUCGAUCGCGAUGUCGACAUCCAAGACAUGUUCCCAGAGGAUCAGGCACAGUCCCCGCCCAUGCCGUGGGAGCCAACACCGGAAGUCCCCGCCGGAGACGCCCAACCCCGUCCAUUGAUGAACAAUGGACUCCCAUACCCGCCAAAUGACCGAUUCGAAGUACUGCAGAACGAGUUGUUGCUAGACAAUGACGAUGUUUUCAGAGAGAUCGCCCGACUACCCCUCCGCGAGGGUCGCGAUCGGGUCCGCGUGACCCAGUCACGCAAGUUCUGGGCGGCAUUGGAGCGAAUGGCACAAUACUGGGAUACAAGUCUGGAUAACUAUUUUGAACGCCCGGCAACGCCGCAGCGCACCCCACCAUCCGAGGCUGAGAACAAGGAGGAUGAGAUGCAGAUCGAUAGCCAGCCUGGUAUGACAGAUUCCACGAUGGACGUGGAUCAAGCGACGUUGGUCGGCAGCGCCGAUCGUGAAAAGGCCCCGCAUCCCACUGUCAAGUUGUAUACAGGUCGUCGCAGUGGAUCCGGCAGCGAAAUGCCCGAGGAUUGCCGUGAUGAGGUCGUCAGGAGUUUUAUCGAGAUGGCCGCCUGGCCGUUUGGAUGCCAGGUUACUAUCCCCACGUUGCCACCCCGGCUGACAGUCAAGAACCUACUUUUCCCAGUCCGACAGUCCUUGCAGUCGGCGCGAUCUCCGCGAGACCGCGAGACCGCGCGAAAUGGUAUCCUAGAGGGACCCGUUCUCAUCGCGCAGUGUCGUCCUGAAACCGGUUUCCGAAACGAAGGCGACGCCCCCGGGACAGGUCUCGGAGAGAUCUGUGACCUCUUUCGUGAAGUUGGAGGCAUGUUGCUGGCUGCGCAGGAGCGCGCUCGUGAGGGGGGCUUAGAGCUGCGACCGGGAGAGGGAAAAUGGUGGACAAUCAAACCGCGGUUUGGUGGUGCCCCCGCUGAUGAAAUCUUGGCAGGUCUCAUGAAUGGACCUGGUAUUCACGGAAUACCUAUUCCCGACUCCCUGCUCGGUCCUAGUGAAGACAAGCCUUUGACAUCCGCCCCGGAGGCGGAGAGCGCGCGCAAGAGACACAAGUUCGAACAUCCAUUUGUGACUUCUUUGGCGCGCCGGCCGAGUGCCAUGCGCAAGCUUUCUAGUGGCGAGAAAUGGCAAAUGAUUCAGCCUGGUCCUAGUCUGUGGGAUAAGCGUAUGCGGUAUAUGCAGAUUGGCAAGGCUAAGGAUAGCCCAUUUGAUGAUAUUUACAUGAUUUCGUCUAUUAACCAUCAUAUCGCUAUCUUGCAUCUCCGAGUUCACCGCAGAUACCUCGAAGUCCUCACUAACGGUGAAAGCAAUUACCCCGAGGAAUCCAACGUUCCAGACCAACCAUGGCACGUCCUGAAACUCCAACGUACCCGGUGGUACGACUUGCUAGAUGCAAACGACCGCCUUGAGGGACUGAAAUGCGUCUGGAGGCUAUUCCAUUACCAGCAGAGAGCUGUCUGA